CCGCAGGGCAGCGUGGCGGGGUGGGCUGGCCCGGAGGGAGGGCGGGAGGACGCGCAGGGCGGACGAGGCCUUGGCCCCGCGGGAGGCCCCACCUUCAUCCCCAGUCUGCGGUUCCCGGCCCAGGACCUCCCCUCGUCCCAGCACCCCUCGGGGAAAGACAUUUUCUGCUCCCGCCAAGUUGGCAAGGCCUGCUUCCCGAGCCUCCUGGGCGCUGUGACUGCUGGGCCCAGCGCCUCCUGAAAGUCCCACUCUCUCCUCCUGAGGUCACGCUGGGAGGAUCAUGGGAGAGACAGAAGGGAAGAAAGAGGAGGCUGACUAUAAGCGACUGCAGACCUUCCCCUUGGUCAGGCACUCGGACAUGCCAGAGGAGAUGCGAGUGGAGACCAUGGAGCUUUGUGUCACAGCCUGUGAGAAAUUCUCCAACAACAACGAGAGUGCCGCAAAGAUGAUCAAAGAGACAAUGGACAAGAAGUUCGGCUCUUCCUGGCAUGUGGUGAUCGGCGAGGGCUUUGGGUUCGAGAUCACCCAUGAAGUGAAGAACCUCCUCUACCUGUACUUCGGGGGAACCCUGGCUGUGUGCGUGUGGAAGUGCUCCUGACACCACCCAGCGGCUCUCCCGCUUCUCCUCGGGGCUGGGGGGCGGCCCUAGGCAGAGCCUGGCUCUUGUGUGGGGAGUUCCGUCUUUUCCUUUGUCCUUGUGUACCGGUUUCCUGAGCCACACCCAGUGUGUGAGUUAGUAACAUCGCCUCUCCCAGGCUCUCCACUGUCUCCCUCCGAGUCCUGAGCUGUGUAUAUGUGAGGGGUGGGAUGGUGUGACAGGUGAAGGGGUGAGUGAGGUCGUGGGAUUUUUCUCCUUGGAAUGGACUGGUCCCACCUUUCAUCCCAAAGCCCUUCUGCCCCCAGGACUGCUGGGAAAUAUCUGCUGCCCUUGUCAUUAGUGACUGUGUGGCAGCAACCUAAGAAAGGGCCUCGCCUCUCAUGAGACACAGAACAUUUCUCUCCUUGUCAUUGGGGUAGGGGUCCCCUCUCCCCUUCCCCAGCCUAACCCAGGGCUGAACAGACAACCAUCUUACUGGACCAGCAGUGGCUUUGGCAUGAGGAUCACACAGUCUUCCCGUCCCCUUCCCAGCCCGGGCCACCAAACCUUUCAUACCAUCUCCAUCAGAUCAGCUGCAUGGCUGAGAGCUAGGGCCAUGGUGUAGAGCAAGUUCUCAAGACGUUGCUGAACCCCGGUGAGACACCUGGGCCAGGAGUGUGCUCACCGUGAGGCCCCGUUAGCAGGGAAACCUGGUCUGCCAGGGACUUCAUCAGGGACCGCAUGCUAUUUGUACUUCUUACCUUGCUGGCUUUUCUAGAUUCUUUUUGAGUGUGGGGAGAAGGGUUUUAGUAGAAGGGUGAAUCAUAUUUUACACAGCGGUCUUAUUUAUAUAAACGUCUUGGUUUUUACAAUUAAAAUGACUAAAAACUAAA